CCCGCCCCCCCCCCCCUUGAUUUCUCUGAAUCCGCAGGCUGUAAUGAUGGUGGUGAUGCUCCGAGAGCAGAGCCCGACACACUGCACCACAACCCCGCACCCUGCUGUGAGCCUCCCACGUUGGGACACUCGGAUACCGGAUUUCCAUACCGAUGCUUGAGACAAACGACCGGGUAACAAACUACCAAGCAGCUCCAUUCACACUCCACCCUGUCUGCGGGAUGAGACGCGGGGGUUGCAGCGGACGGAAACCCCAGCUUUGAAAACCGCAACCUGCGUUUUGCUGCACCUGCUUCGAUGUGCAUGCACCGAUUGUUUUGAGCACCAGAGAAGAGGAGGAGGAGGAGGUGGGGAGGUGGGGGGGAUAAAGAUGUUGGGGCGAUGCUACCGGGGGAAACUGUCGGUGUGGGCCGCUCUGUGCGUGUUGGUGCUCUGCUGGUUCUACAUCUACCCCGGCUACAGACUCCCACGCGAUAAAGAAAUAGUGGAGGAGGUGCUGAGGCAGGGGGAAGCAUGGGAGAAGAACCAGACCGGCGUCGAUCUGUACAGGAAGCUGCUGACGGAGUGCUGCGAUCCCAAGAAGAUGUUUGCGGUCACCAAGGAGAACUCGCCGAUGGGCAAGGUCCUGUGGUACGACGGCGAGUUUUACCACUCGCACACCGUCAACAAGGAUACCUACCCGCUCUUUGUGAAGAACAACCCUCUGCAACUGCCCCUGAAGAAGUGUGCCGUGGUGGGCAACGGUGGCAUUCUCCAGCACAGCAAAUGUGGACGGGACAUUGACCAGGCUGACUUCGUCAUGCGGUGUAACCUUCCUCCACUUUCAAAGGACUACGUGGAGGACGUGGGAACCACAACGCAUCUUGUCACAGCCAACCCGAGCAUCAUCGAGAAAAGAUUUCAGAACCUCCUGUGGUCGAGAAAAGCCUUUGUAGACAGUAUGAAAGUCUAUGGCUCCAGCUACAUCUACAUGCCCGCAUUUUCCAUGAAGCCUGGCACUGAUCCAUCACUGCGGGCGUACUAUGCCCUAGCGGACACCUCCUCCAACCUCACCAUGCUCUUUGCCAAUCCUGAAUUUCUUCGCACGGUGGGAAAAUUCUGGAAAGGCCGAGGCGUCCACGCCAAACGCCUCUCCACAGGGCUCUUUCUAGUCAGCCUGGCCUUGGGGCUGUGCGAGGAAGUGACGGCCUAUGGCUUCUGGCCGUUUUCAGUCGGCCUGGACGAGCAGCCAGUGAGCCACCACUACUACGACAACAUCCUGCCGUACAAAUGGUUCCACGCCAUGCCAGAGGAGUUUGUCCAGCUCUGGCACUUACACAAAAGUGGCACAUUGCGCAUUCGAGUGGGACAUUGCACUCCGCAGGAAGGAGGGAGUUAGAGCUGGUUCAAGGAGUUAAUUGGAGUUCAGUAAGGCUGCAGGAAACGGAUUCAAAACAGGAAGUUCGUGUAAAAAUGGGUGCUCAAAUGGUUGGAUCCAUCCUUCGGCUCUGCAUCCAUGUCCAUUCACUCUCCUGCUAUCCCUCCACAGCUAAUCCCUGAUUUCCAUGAGAAUGUCCUCCACCCAGACCAGCAGCAUCAGGGACACACACACACACACACACACACACACAAUGUCAAAUAUACAUACAUUCAAAUAUGCCAUUUCUCCGUCCUUUUGUUUCUUAACUUCUUGUGUGCAUGGAUGUGUUUUUAUUUGGGAAAAGCCUCAGCUGGGACUAAAAAAAAGGUUAUAUUUUGUAGGUUUGGAUGGGUGGGGAAAGAGUUCCUUUUUUUAUGCUGACUACUGUAUCUGACUGACAUAUGGGGCAGCUGGACCAAACCCCCCUCCCCCUCUGGGUCUUUGUUAAUCAAACACAGAAGGAGAAGAGGAACAGAGGGGGUGAUAAAACGCACUGACAGACUGGCAAAUGCAAGAAAGAAGGGAGAGAUAGUGGUGUCCUGUACCUAGAAUCUUGAAUAGGACAUUAAACGGAGGGGGAAAACACAGGCAGGGGGGAGAAAGAGUGAAAGCUGGCUGGUUUGUGUAUGAAAGGAUUUUCUCUGCUUUUCUUCAACCAACGAAGCACUCAAUUGGCAUUCUCUAGUGCCAAAUAGAGCUGUAGUUCAAAGCAGGAGCCAUUAGAAACGGCGUCUCAAGUACUAUAUACUGUCGAAUGUUAAGCCAAGUUGCAUUUUUAAACCCUUCACCGAAAAGGGAACAUGAGAACAUCCCGGUCUUCAUGUUUUUUUUUUUUGUUUGCCAAAUGUGAUUUAAAUGUGAACUAUUGUUUAUUGGUGGCCACGAGUAGAAGGGAGAUAUCAUUAUAGACUUGUGGAUUCAGAAUUCAUUGCAAUUAGAAAAAGAAAAUUCACAAAAAAAGUAGCUCUCAGACCAGCUAUUUGGUACAUUCCAGUCUCCAGCAGGCUCCUGGAGUCAAAAACAGCCUGAUUUACUUCUGUAGAGUGUGCAGUUACAAAGAAACCUCUUGGUAACUGUUCUAUACUUGCCAAGUACCAAGCCAAGGGAACAGUGUCUCUUUGAUACACUCUCUCAAACUGCUCUUGUGCUCCUCAAUGGCAAGAUAUUAAGAGAGACAUUAACAGAAAAGACGAUUCAGGACUUGAUGUCACAAAAUGGGAUUCUAAUUCAGUAUAUUCAAAGGUUGGAAAUUUUCCUCUAAAGUCACAUUCAGGAUGGGAAGCUCAACUGGCAAUAUGUCCAGGUUUGUAUGUUAUUUUAAAAAACGUUAUCUAACAAGUAAUUAUUGUUUCACUGCAUCUUGUUUGAUAAGCACCUCAAAAGACAUUAGAGCACACAAAUGUGGAAAUUAGGUAGUUAAAUUACCAAAUUAGAUAACCCAUCCCAAUAGCUAAUAUUAGCAAUUAACUCAUUCCUGACUAACAUUACUGCCAACAUUAGCUACUUUAUUAUUCUUUGAUUGUAAAAAAAUAAAAAAAAACAACUUGUGUUGUUAGCUGGUUGUCUGCAAAUGAUAGCUGUUGUUUGAUAGAAGCCAUGCAUGAAAAGACAUAAAAUCCUUGUUUUAGGUUAAUUUAGCCAGCUAACGAUAAUGUUAGCUCGGUCUUUGUUUGAAUGCUGAAAUAAGCUUUUAUGGAGCGACAUCAGGGCAUACUUUAAGAUAAAAUUAAGCUAAGAUUAAGCUAACAAAUAUCAACUUCAGGGAAGAGAUUUCUUUCCUCACGUGUAUCCUGUGACCUCCAUGUGGACAGGAUGUAGCUGAAUGCUAACAUCUGUUAUCUUACAGUAGCUAAUUAGAGACUUUCAAUUUAAUUUCCUGUUGCCAGACUGGAAAACCUGUAAUAUAAAAGUAUGAUGUGAUAACAGCUGUUGUGCUUCCCAUCAUCUGUGUGAUGUUAGAGGACAAUAUCUACUGUGUAAAUAUAGGGAAGAGGUGAUAUUUGUUUUUGCUUUGGUUGCUGGACACUUCAUAAAAUAAUUUACCCAUGUGCUAAUCAGCAUUACAAUUUUGCAUCAAAGUACAGAAAGAACUGAGCCUCUGUUCUGUGCUUCUUUUUAAAUUGUGAGAUUUUUGUUGUAGUUUCUUUACAUUUAUUUCUUGCACAAGGGAAAAAAAAAACAUGCUUAAAGUGACAGACAACAAAAACAUUGUUUUGUAUUUUUCCUGGUACUUGUAGACCUUGAGGAUACUUGUUUUGAAAUUGUUGUUUCUUUUAAAUGUUAUUUAAGAGUGAUUCAUGUGACUGUGCCAUAUUGUCAAUGCCACAACAAAACAGAAGACUCUGCAUGGUAAGUGCAUGGAGCGUACCACAAUCCUGGAAAGUACUCCUUGGACUCUAGGUACCAAACAUGCUGUUAGGGUAAUGUUUUAUCCUUUUAUCUAAUCCUCGUUUGUUAAACUGAGUAAGGUCCAGUGCCUUUGGGAUGAAUGAAGGCACAACAAUCAUUGAAACAAGGAAUAUUUCUAAUGUUGAUCGAGGUCUUAAAUGUUUUCAAACUUUGAUUUUCCUGGCCAAACUCGGCUCUGUGGACCCAUGACGUCAUGUCAAAUCUGCUUAAAGAGCUACAUGUUGUAAGGUAAUGAAAAAAAAUGUGAUAUUUCCAGUCCAAGUGCACAUGUGGCUCUGCAAGUACUGAACUUGAUGAACGUUUUGACCAAUUUGCUUUUAGUUGUGACGUUUCUUUUUUGCACCUUUUUAUCAUUUGCUCUCCUGCCCAGUAUUGUGAAUGAAUGAGAUGUGACAUAUUGUGGAUUUUAAGUAAGCAUGAUGAUUUUUAAUGUUUAUGUGCUUUUGGUACACAGAUUUGUUAUGUAUUUCCAUUAUCUUCUGAAUCAUGGCCUCAUUCCAUCCUAUCUGAGCAAUUAGAAAAACACUGCAAAGCUUAGAUUUCUUACAAAAAGGGAGAUGAAUCAGUCAUGUAAAUAUUGGGACUGUUAGCAUUACAACCAAUUAAUUUAGAUCCACAUUCAUUCUUUCACAAUAUGUUUUAUCAAAAGCUAUGGGCUUCGUGUAGCUCAUCAGGUUCGAAUAAAUGGAAUUCAUUGAUAACAAGAAUCAGGGUAUUUUUGGUACUAUGUUCUUCCUGCUAUAACCUGCACAGCUAACAUGCAUACGCUGGGAUGCUUCAAUUCUCCUCUCUGUACAUUUUCACUCCAAGUCAAUUUAUUUAUUUUUUUUAAUUCAGCCCUUUUUUCAAACAGCUUUUAUUAUUGACUGAGCGUUAAAACAGGAUUACCAAUAAGGGGGCAGAUAAUCAAUGAUUUUUAGAUUCACACUACAGGCUCCAUAUCAAACCAACACACCAAAAUGGAGCGUUCUCUGCAAUUUCAUCAUCAUGCUUGUAUCUUUCUACUUUAUCACAUAUUGUUAGUGUCAAAUUUUAGAAAUGGCAAGCCGUUCCUAAAAUUGAGAUGCAUGGGAAGAAUGAUACCAAACAUCAUUCUGGCGUCUGGCAGUCAACCUUGUAGCUAGCUUAGCUCAGCAUGAAGACUAACAAAAAGGGAAACAUUUUGCUAACAUUACCUCUAAAGCUUGCUCUCAUGUUUUUUGUGCAUUGAAUCAGUGCAUGUUACAGGGUAUCAGCAUUGAGUAGAAGCAUGAAACCAACAAAAACUGCAGCUAUCAGGAGGUUAGCUUGGCAUAGCAGAAAGACUGUCACGGGGUAAACAUGUAGCCAAUGUUGAAAAUGCUCUUAUUACCAUGUUUUUGUGUGUUGAAGAUGCAAGUUUCAGUUUGAAUUUGCAUUGAAAACCAGAUACAAGUACAGUGAAACAUUAAGCUAAUGCUGGGCUACAGCCAGCAGGUUUACUUACAACUAACUUACCAGUACCUCAGAUUCUCAGACAUUUCAAUGAACUCUUGAUGUUUUCACAUUUAAAGCAAGGUAUGAGUACUGCAUAAGCAGCAGUGGAGCAUGAAGCUAACAUGGAACUACAGCUAGCAGCUGUCAGUUAGCACAGAGGUUAUAACGGGGGGAACAGCCAGCUCGUCGUUAUUUCUCAAGCUUUCUAAUGCUUUACUUAUAUUAAAAGUGAGAUAUGAGCACUCAAUAAGCAUAAGUGAAGGUUGCUGUCCUGUCAAAAGGUGCUGUGUAGCUAAAAUGACAGAUGGCUAGACUUUCUGCAGUCUUCAGUCAUAAUGCUGAGAUACACCAACAGGCUAAGCUAACUGUCAUAUUAGCCACACAGAUAUGAUAGUAAUAUUACCCACUAAAUACGCAAAUUUCCUGAAACGUCACACUAUUUCUUAGAAGUUGAAUAAUUUCUUAGUGUUAAACCGACUUCCUGGUGUAACAUGGCAGAACAAAAUUGAUUAUGACAGCUAGGACUUCACAAAGAAACUACUUCUCGUCCUUUUUUUUCUUGACCGUUCCUGUUAAAGAGUCACAUUAAUGAAAGUACAGUUUGUGUGGAAUGCAGGGUGACCUAUUGGUUAGAGAUUGGUCAUGUAGAGGCCACAUGCUUGAUACCCGUAGCACCCAUUUGAAUAGCGUAAGUGUCCUUUAGCAAGACACCAAAUUCCUAAAUGAUAACAGUGUGAAACUUGCCACUGUGUGACUGUUAGCACUGUAACCUUCCUUCACCUCUUAUUGAUAAAAGCUUCUUCUGUUGAAAACCUCAAGUCAUCAAUGCCAAUGUCUUCUUACAGGUUUAACACAGCAGAUUCUCAGAUGCAGAUUUUAGUCACUGUUAUGGCUUUACCUACCGAAUGAUGUGAGAAAUGUAAUCUCAAAUGGGUCAAACAUUAAAAGCAACUACACUUUAUAUUAUUUUAACCAUGAUAAAACAGAAUUAACUAGUUAAAGCCCCUCUGCAAAUACAUUUUUAUGUAAUUACUGCAUCUUGUCAUAUGUCUGAAACGCGGAUGGAGUUGGUAAAGGAGAUGUAUAAGUGGGGGACAAUACUGUCUUUUUAAAUACCACCACUGGGGUUGACAAAUGACAUUUUCCAAUUCUCCACAUAGUGACCUUGUUAUCCCAAGAUUGGUUAAUCUAAACAACAUGUGUAAAUGUGCUUUAUUUGCCUUGAUUGACUGAAUUUCUGUUGAAAUUCUUAUUAGAAAAGAUGAUGGAAAAAUAAACCUUCUGGAGGCA